AUGGCGAUUCAAGCGGAGGAAAGUAAAGCUGAUCAGAAGGUGGAGGGAUUUAAACAACAGCUGGCUAAUGAACUGGCGUUGGAACCGGUUGAUGAUUUAGUUGAACUUGAAGAAAUUGUGGAGGAAGUAGAAGAGAAGGUUGUUGAGUUUGAAAAGAAGAAGGGAAAGAGUGAGGCUAACAUAGAAAAGAAGAAAGAGGCUACUCCUAUUGAAUGCAAGGAGGUACCUCAUCCAUUGGUACCCUCCCGGAAAGAUAAAGGGCGACAUUUGGCCAGAUUUCUUGAUAUCUUCAAGAAUCUGGAAAUUACUUUGCCAUUUGGAGAAACACUCCAGCAAAUGCCCCUUUAUGCCAAAUUUUUGAAGGAUGUGUUAACCAAGAAGAACCGGUACAUCCAUAAUGACAGAAUUGUUGUGGAAGGUAACUGUAGUGUUGCGAUUCAACGCAUUCUUCCACCCAAGCAUAAAGAUCUUGGAGUUGUCUCGAUACCAUGUUCUAUUAGUGAGGUUGUUGUAGGCAAAGCUCUCAUAGACUUGGGAGCUAGUAUCAAUUUAAUGCCUCUUUCCAUGUGUCGGAGACUUGGAGAGAUAAAGAUAAUGCCUACACGCAUGACCCUCCAGUUAGUUGACCGCUCCAUUACAAGUCCAUAUGGAGUCAUUGAAGAUGUUUUGGUGAAGGUUAAACACCUUAUAUUUCCAGCUGAUUUCAUUGUCAUAGAUAUAGAAGAUGAUGCCGACAUUCCUCUCAUUAUUGACUGCCCAUUCAUGUCUAUUGCAAGCUACAUAGUAGACAUGGGGAAGAAGAUGUUGCAUAUAGGCAUAGAAGAUCAGAAGAUCAGCUUUGAUUUGUUCCAUGAGGACAAAGAUUCAUGA